AUGAUCGGGCAUUUUCCGUCCCCCAUCCUCUCCGUGACCGCAGACGCGGUUCAGGAACUUGAAGGAGAGGACGCCGUCUUCGGCCUCUGGGCCCUGUUCACAAAAUGCAAGGAGUCCCUCAAGGACGGCCGGCGUCUGGAGAACAUGUCCUGGCGGCUGUGGUACCGCGAAAUCGCGGCUUCACAGCAUUCUCCGUGCUCGUCGCCAGGCACUAUGACGCCGGCGUCGUGCGAGCGGAGCUCACCGCCCAUCACACCGAUCUCGGAGGACGGGCGUGUCUCACAAGACCACGCGCCGGAUGCGACGUUGGCGCCUGCCUCGGGAUUUCCCGUAGCCCACUCAUGGCACGGAGAGAAGCCGGCUCCGUCGUUCAUUGGUGGACGGCGCCUGAGCUCUGCGAGCGUGCCCAUGGCCUCCAAGUCCCACGGCGCAGUUCACGUGGGGAAGCUCAUUCUCGGGAUCCUGCCAGACAAGGUGGUCGUCCCCGUCGUAAGGUUGCCUUCCCCCCCGGCGACGCACCAGGUGUUGCCUACUGUACAGCUACCAGACGCGCCUUCACCAGCGCCCCCAAGUGCGGCGUAUCCUCGCGUGGUGGUCGUAAAUCCGACCCCGCAUCCGACCCCCCCCGCAACCCCGCACUUGUCGCAUACUCCACAGGCUAUUUUCGCUGCACAGCCAUCUCUCAAUCUACUUCCACCGCCCCCCGCGCGUCCGCUGACCAGCGUACUCGCGCCCGCACAAGGAAAGAAGCAGUCCGUUUCGCGACAGUCGGAUCUCCAGGCACCACGUGACGUUCCGCCAAGCCAGCCGGACACGCGUGAUGAUACUCUGAAGCCUUCCGAUAGGCGCUUCUUCAUGCAGGAGGCUGAGUCGCCGGAUCGUGAUUCGCUAGAGUCCACUUCUCGGGCGACAUCGGGGAAGUUCUCGGUUGGUCACGAGAUGAGCCCUGGCAGUGUCAGUUCCAAUCAGACCAAGUCGGACGGUGGCGGCGCCGCGUCAAGCUCGGGCGGCAAGCGGGGACUCGCCGGGCGGUCACAGGGUCGCAAGAGCAAGGAGGCGGUACGGUAUGUCGCAACGCGUCCUGCCGUGCAUCGGACACACGCGCCUGCCCAUCAGCAACACCAUCCAUCGCGCCAGACUGCGCAGCGGAAAGCCGCGACAGAAUCCAAGAAGACGACAUUCAACUUUGGCUCUGUGUCCUCCAAUGGCUCGAGGGGCGCUGAACCUGGUCCUUCUAAAGCGCCCGCUGCUCCAAACGAGCCCAGCGAGCCCGUCGUAACACGGCCCUGCGCCAGCCCGCCGAAGCAGACCAACGGAGUGGCUCAGCCUCCCCGGCGCGGUAUCGUUGUCAGCACAUCUUCCGACUACGAGACCACUGACACGGACGACGACUCCGAAUGGGCUUCGGAGGACAAUAGCACGGGGGAGCGCGAAAAGGAGCGUCAGCGGGAAGAGACGCGCCUUCGCGAAGCUGCGGAGGAAGUGCGCCGCCAACGCGAUAUGUUUGCGAAGGUCCCCAAGCGCUCUUAUUCGAACCUCAAUCGCACGCGGUCAGGACUGCUCUCGCAGCUGCUCAACCCGGAUCCUACCAUCUUCCCUCCAAAUCAUUCCUAUCGUACGAGCCAUUCUACGCAAGACAUGACGCAAUUCGCGCGGCAAAGUGGCCACGCGCCAUCUCCGUUACCGACAAGCAAAAGCUCCGCUGCCGUACCCGUCGCUGCACAGAUCACCGCUCAGGUGCCAGCACGAGAUAGGAGUGCCGGCGACAAUGGUGCAUACCGGCUCAAGGGCCGACCACAAGGCGAAGAAAUGGAGGAGGAUAGCGACAGCGGGGAAGAGAAUCCGGACAACGCGAUUCAAUUAUCCCGGAGUCUGGCGCAGCAGAAGCUGGCUGCGUUAACAGACCCCAACCGUCGGCGCAACUCUGAUCACGCCGUGCCGACCCAGCCUGCGGUACGCCCGGCAAUUCCCUCUGUUGCGACAGCGCCCAUCCCUCUCGGCCACCCUUACAAUCUGCCAGCUCCACCUCCGCCAAUGACUCCACGUACCAUUCGUCGGCAGAUGCUCGCCACGGAGCUGUCGGAAAGUCUUAGGCGAAAUUUGUUGUGGGAACGACAGGUUAGCAAGAUCAAUCUAACGAACCGUGCGCGUCGCGGUGGCUAUCUGGGCGACGGCUUGCGUCCCCUCACAGCUGUGCGUGCCGAGAUAUCGAAUGGGAGUACGAGCAAGAAUGCUGGCCGCGGCGGGAACGAGGGCGUCGAGGAGCGGAGUCGUCACACCAUGACCCGCAAUCGUAGUUAUGCGGCAGAUGACUAUCACUACGCAGGGUGGUAG